GUUCAAAGUGAAUUAUGUGAGUUGGAACGUUUUUUUUACACCGUUUCGUUUCCCUACGCGCCUUUAUUCCUAGAACCACACAUUUAAUUUCCGGUUCCGGUCAUUGCAGAAACAUUUCAAACAUUUGGCGCAAAAGAUGGAGAUCUGCUUGAAUAAAGAGGAAGAAUAUAGGGUGAAGUUUACGUCGAAAAAAAAUGUGGUCGAACAAAUUAAGAAAUACAAAGAACUACUGAAGAAGGUUUUGAAUGGCCAACCUCAACUAUCCGAGGAAGCCAAGCAACUGUUACAGGAAGAGUUGCUGGCGAACUUCGAGACUGCUGUUCAAGAAAACGUGUUGAUCAAUAAUCAGACAUGGGAGGAGGCUCCUGAUGAAGAGGCUCAAGGCACAAUAGGACAUCAAUGUAAAGAUUAUUCAGUGAGGGAGGAGGAACUUGGUGUCAUCGAAGAUGAAUGCAGUGCACUUGAUGACCUGCUGGAUGAGAACAUUGUGGAAACGUCUCGGAAACGACGUAAAGGCCCUAAAGAGAUCCUCCCCUAUGUCGUACGGUCACUAAAGGCGGAGCGUAAACUCAUGGGAAUGUAUGAAGAAGUAGUGAAGCCACAAGAAAUGGGAAAGGACCCAGUACAAGAAAACAUCAUGACCACCUUAUUGGAUGCUGCACCUCGUUUGUUUAAGCAAGCCAGCGCAGUAAUGAAGUCUCUCCAGGUAGUGCAGCAGAGGGCCGAGGGCCUGGGACAGGUGCUGAAAAUGUGUCCCACAGCUGAGUCCCUGGAGGUGUUCGGGGAGGUGUUGGGCAGCAGGCCCAAUGGAGAGGAAAAGACAGCUAGUAGGACCAGACCACCCAUCAAGAGAGCCAUGGAGAAAACAGAGCUCAGAAACAACUAUGCUCCUGGUCUAAAGAGGCCAGCCAUUUGUAACAGCAAUGACAAACCAGAGUGAAAUACAUGCCACAAAUGCUUCCUGAUCAUGGAACAUGUACUCUUAUUUGUGAUUGAUACAAUACUGCCCUCACAUGAUGGAUAAUGGGAAAUGCACCCAAUAGUAGUGUACAUUGUUUUUAUACUGUAUAUUUAAAUGUCUUUAGAAGGAAACAUA